AGAGCGUUCUCUAGUAGGUACUAGUCUAAACAAAAGUACUUUGCCCUUAAACAAGAUGGCGGUUCAGGCGUUAAAGUCACGCCCAAUGCUUCAGAUCUCUCCUCCCUCGGUGGUGCGGGUGUCACAGCCCCCUGAUGUCCCACUGCUCUCCCUCACGCAUUUCUCUCGCCCUCCCUUUGUGACGUUUGGCAAUGUCCGGACAGGUUCAGCCCACAGCGUCCAGCUCCUGCUCUACAAUCCCAACCAGGAGGUGGCUGAGGUCAGGGUGUUCAACCUGCCAGAACGUAAGGGCUUCAGUAUGCGAGAGAGGGAGACCACAGUACAGCCUGAUGGAACUGUCCCUGUGACAAUCACUUGGACCCCACUAGAGGAAGGCGGCGUGCGGGAACUCAUUACAUUUAUUGUAAACAAUGUUGUGAAACAUCAGGCAGUUCUGCUGGGACGUGCUGAGCUGCCACCAAAGAAAAAGAAAAACCUUUGGAACAACACAAAAAAGAGAACUGCUCCAGCUGGACCAAAAACGAAAGAAUCUGGCAUUAAAAGUGUUAAUAGCAGAACACUUCAUUUAACACACAAGAGUAUUCAUGGGAAGUAUGGACGAGACAGGAGCCCUCUGCAUUCCUGUGAAAACCUUAUUUUGACAGAAAACGGCACUUCCCCUGGGCUGCAAACCAGACUGAGCACAGAGAGCCAAACACCUGCCCUCGAGGUUAGCCCACUGGCAACCAAACUGCAGGAUUACACCCCAGGCUCACUGCGGAGGUCCAAAACCUACUCUGUACUGUGCACCACAGAAUAUAAGGAGACUACGUCUAGGACUCAGACUGACCUCCAUAUUGAGGAAAAAUGGACCUUCAGUGACAAAGUGUGCAACAGAUUGUCUGUAUCCCCAAUAAACACAGCUUGCAGUGACCCCCAACGUGUCACUUGUACCCCCAAUAUUUUUCGUGAGUAUGCAGUGCAUACUACCCUGUCUCCUGAUACAUUUUUUAAAGCACAACUCCAGUCUAAGACUGAAUCUCAAACACAUGUCAGUUUCUCUACAGCAGACUCUAGUUAUUGCUCAGCAAAAGGAAGUUUAUCAGUCUCUAGUUCGAGCACGCACUCUCCUGCUUCUAUAUCGGUGUCCAGACAGUUCAUGCCACAGAGAAAAAUUCUGAGCCCGAAUUCUUUCAUAAACAAUAGUUCUGUUCCGGAGGAGUGUUUUGAAUCGGCACCUCACACUCCAAUUCUCUCACCUGAUCAAUUUGUCAGGGAUAACCUUUUGGCCUCACAGUCUGUAUCUUUACUAAAUGAGAGCAAGCUGUCCAUGCCUUUGCAGUCUACAAGUUUAAAUACUUCUAAACACACUCAGCCUUUGGUGGCCGAGGGAGAAGUGAAGACUUUGCAGAGUAGAAAUGAUUCUGUGGAGCAAGAGUCUCUUAAUAAGAGUCCGGAGGCUGAAGUGCCCAUUGACUCAAGGUUAACGUACUGUGUGAAGAAAAAGCGCCGGCAACUCAUUCAGCCGCCAUCUGAGGGGAACAACGUCACAACUGCUCUGAAAAAGCCCCCUGUGGCCUCAGCAACUGUUAUAAAAGUAAAGGCUGGGGGCCAGGUGCAAAGGCCUGAAAGGCCCCAACUGAAAUCCAGGAGAUGUCUUCAGAACACACACUUUGAAAGUGAGAACACUGUCCCCUCUCGUAUUAUCUUUCAAGACUUGCCGGUCAUAAGACUAUCAAACUCUACCGGAACGCCAGAGGAGGAGCCAAAUGGUUCAUCAAAGUCUGCAGGCUGUGGGCGCAAGAGGAGGAGCGAAGAAAUCAUAGGAAAUGCAGAUAUUACAGUGACAACUAAAGUGACUCUGGAAGCUGCAAAAUUAGUCACAAAUGAGUUUGACAGUAUGACGCCCACCAAAAGGAUUCAUCUCUUUAAACCUGCAGCUGCUCCACCUGUAAGCGAUCUGCAAAGACUCAGCCAGCGGAAGAAAACCGUAUCUUUGGCGUUGAAAUCAUCAGGAAAAUCUCAGAAAGCUCAGCUGGCUGCAUCAAAAGCAAAACCCUCUUCUGUAAAGAUGAGUCAAACAGACUUGGCAUUUCCACCCAAACGGUCAUCUGCAGUCACCUUCAAAAACUCCAAGCGCAUUGUUGCAGUUCCUCAGUCACAGCUGACGUUCGUUAAACCGUUAAAGACAGUCAUUCCCAGGCACCCAAUGCCAUUUGCGUCCAAAAACAUGUUUUAUGAUGAGCGCUGGAUGGCAAAGCAGGAACGUGGCUUUACGUGGUGGCUAAACUUCAUUCUGACCCCAGACGACUUUGCUGUGAAAACUGAUUCUGUGAAAGCAGUAAAUGCUGCCUCGUUGAUCCUGGGAGAGGAGAGCUGUCACCGAGUGAGCGUUCCAAAAGCCCCCACCAAAGAAGAGGUGUCGCUGAGAGCGUACACAGCGCGCUGCAGACUAAACCGGCUGAGGAGAGCUGCGUGUCGCCUCUUUACCUCGGAGCCUGUUGUAAGAGCAAUCAGGAGGCUAGAGGUGGAGAUCGAAGCUCGGCGACUGCUUGUGAGGAAGGACAGGCACCUUUGGAAGGAUAUAGGCGAGCGACAGAAAAUUCUGAAUUGGCUUCUGUCCUAUAAUCCAUUGUGGCUUCGUGUUGGACUGGAGACAAUAUUUGGUGAACUGAUUUCUCUGGAAAACAACAGUGACAUCACGGGCCUGGCUCUGUUCAUCUUGAAUCGUUUGCUUUGGAAUCCAGACAUUGCUGUGGAGUACAGACACCCCACUGUGCCCCACCUGUAUCGUGACGGCCAUGAAGAUGCUUUAUCUAAGUUUACACUGAAGAAACUGUUGCUUCUGGUUUUCUUUCUGGAUCUCGCAAAGCAGUCCAGGCUCAUAGACCACGACCCCUGCUUGUUCUGGAAAGAUGCAGAGUUUAAGACUAGUAAAGACUUAUUGCUGGCAUUCUCGCGAGACUUCCUGAGUGGGGAAGGGGAUCUCUCCCGUCACCUCAGUUACUUGGGUUUGCCUGUCAGUCAUUCCCAGACGCAUCUUGAUGAAUUUGAUUUUGCAGUGAGCAACCUAGCAGUAGAUUUGCAGUGCGGUGUACGCUUAGUGAGAACAAUGGAACUUCUCACACAGGACUGGAGCUUGUCUAAGAAGCUGCGCGUUCCUGCAAUCAGUCGCUUGCAGAAGAUGCACAACAUAGAGGUGGCGCUUCAGGUUCUGAAGGAUAGUGGGGUUCAGUUAAAAGAUGAGCGAGGUGUUGCCAUCACUUCCAAAGACAUUGUGGAUCGGCACCGGGAACGCACACUGGCACUACUCUGGAAAAUCGUUUUCGCCUUUCAGGUGGAUGUUUUGCUGAAUGUUCAGCAAUUAAAGGAGGAAAUAACAUUUCUUAAACAAAGUUACAGCACCCAAAAAAAGCUAGCUGCCCUCCGCUCUUAUUCACACUUGACAACUGCCAGGAAGCGAGACAGUGACCAUUUUGAGCCAGAGAAUUACAGUGAGUGCGUCCUGCUGCUGAUGGCGUGGGUUAACUCAGUGUGUGCAUUCUAUAGCGCUAAGGUGGAAAAUUUCACAGUUUCCUUUUCAGAUGGGAGAGUUUUCUGCUAUCUGAUUAACCAUUACCAUCCCAGUUACGUUCCCAUGAACUCUGUGCGCCAGCGCACCACCCUGACUGUCGAAUGCUCUCCCAGGGGCGCUGUGGGUCUCAAUUCCUCCUCGGACUCUGACAGCUCUGUGGACAUGUGGCCAGGCAUCUAUGACCAAGGUGUUGGCACGUCGGACUUGUGUAAGGAAUUGCUGGAGAACGAGAAAAUGAACUUUAGCUUGGUGAAUGCUGCCGUCUCCAACCUUGGUGGAAUUCCUGCUAUGAUCCAUCACUCGGACAUGUCUAAUACUAUCCCAGAUGAGAAGGUUGUCAUUGCGUAUCUCUCAUUUCUCUGCGCUCGGCUGUUGAAUCUGCGUAAGGAGGCCAGAGCAGCCAGAGUGAUCCAGGCAGCAUGGCGAAACUACAGGCUGAGAACGGAAGAGCAGCUGCUGGAGAAAAAGCACAAGGCUGCUUGUACUAUCCAGGCUGCAGCAAUUCGCUUUCUCUUUAGACGGCGGCAGCUGAAAAGGGCUUUGUCUGCCAUUGUCAUUCAGAAACACUGGCGCCGGCGCAUGGCACAAAAGCUGUCUGCAGAGCUAAAAGCUCACAGAUGGCGAGGAAUUCAGGAACGUGCUGCUGUGAGAAUUCAGUGUGUUUGGAGAUCCUACUCGGCCAGGAAUUACUUCUGUACACUCAGACGCUCUGUUAUCCUUAUUCAAGCAAGAGUGAGAACCAAGAUGGCUGUUGGCGCUUACACUAGAUUGCUGUGCGCCACAUUAACCAUACAGAGAUGUCUGCGCUCCUGGCUGCUAGCUAAAAAAAUAAGGCAGCAAUAUCUUCAGCUGAAAGCUGCUUCUGUGGUCAUUCAGUCUGCUUACAAGCAGUGGAAGAGAAGAAAGCUCAGAAGACAAACCCAUGCAGUUCAGCUCCUUCAGAGAGUCUACAGAAGAUGGAGAGUGCGCAGGCAAGCGCUACAGACAGCUGCCGCCAUCAAGAUACAGUCGUGCUAUCGUAUGUAUAGAGAGAGACAGCGGUAUCUUGCAGUAAAGUGCCACAUUAUCAAGAUCCAAGCUUGGUUUAGAUGCCGUAGAGACCAACGAGCAUUUGAAACCAAGAAAAAACACGCUCUCAUCCUACAGAAAUAUUACAGAGCCUAUAAACAAGGAUGUUUGGAGAGAGAACGUUUUUUGCAGAAGAGGCAUGCAGCAGUUUCUUUACAGGCUGCGUACAGAGGAUUGGUAGACCGAAGACUUUAUCGUCAACUGAAAGCAGCAAUUCAUAUUCAGUCUUUAUGGAGGAUGCACCAGCAAAGGAAGCGGUUUGAGUGCAUGAGGCAGCUCAUUAUUCUGCUGCAGGCAAAUGUCAGAAGGUACCAGCAAAUGACAAGAUAUAGGAACAUGAAGAGGGCAGCGUGCAUCAUUCAGUGCCGCUACAGAGCAUAUGUGGCCACCAAGAAUGCUAUGUAUGUCUACAAGAGAGUCUGCAAUGCUGUCACUGUGUUACAAUCUGCCUUUCGCAAAUUUCAGGCAAGAAAGAAUGCAUUAAAGCAUAACAGUGCCAUAAAGAUCCAGUCAUUUUACCGUGCACAUGUUGUCCGAAAGAGAUUCCUUGCAAUGAAAGCUGCAGCAAUAAAGAUUCAAUCUGUGAUAAAAAUGAGAUACCAGCGCUGCCAUUAUCGUGCUCUUAGAGUGGCAUCUAUUUAUGUUCAACGACAGUUUCGAGCAAAUAGAUUAAUGCAACAAGAAAGGGCAGCUUAUAUGAAAUUACACAGUGCUUUUAUUAAACUGCAAGCAGCUGUACGAGGACACUUAGUGAGGAAUCAAAUACAAUUAUGGCAUAAUGCUGCAAUUAUCAUACAAGCCAGCUAUCGAAUGAAAAAGCAAAAGAAGCAAUAUUUACUAAUUGCGAAAGCCGCUGUAAGAAUUCAGUGCAGGUAUCGUGCGCACAAGGAGCGACUUCAUCACAGAGAAAAAUACUUGAUACUAAAACAAGCAGCUGUCCGACUGCAAGCAACCUAUAAAGGUUACAGUGUGCGUAAAAAUACUAGAAAUCAGCAUGCCGCAGCAAGAUGCAUACAGACUGCCUUCCGAUGUUACAUUGCCCGGUGCAGAUAUGAGCAAAUCAAGCAGUCUGUUGUAAAAAUUCAGAGGUGGUACAAGCUCAUGUAAGUGGCAAAACACGAGAGAGAGAAGUUCUUAAAAACUAGAAGAGGUAUAAUCGCUGCACAAGCAGCCUAUCGUGGCUGGAAAGCAAGACAGCUUAUUCAGAAGCGGCACAAGGCUGCGCUCCGUAUUCAGUCUGUAUUCAGGAAAUUUGCUGCUCAGAAGAAACUACAAGCAAUGAGAACAGCAGCUGUGACCAUACAGCAACAGUACAGGGCCAUACUUGUUGGGAGGAGAGCAAGGCGACAGUUUCUUGAUCUCCAUGAGAAGUCCAAGAGGAUUCAGGCUGUAUGGAGAGGCUGGCUUGUUAGAAAAGCAAUACGGCAGCAGCAGAAGGCAGCAAUUCUUAUACAGUCCUAUUACAAAAUGCAUAUCCAUCACACCAGGUAUAUGGCUCUUAAGGGGGCAUCUGUGGUUAUUCAGAUGCAUUUCAGGGCUCUCAAAGCAGGACUAACCCAACGAACAUGUUAUCUAAAAAUAAAAGCUGCUGUGGUCGUCUUACAAGCUGCUUACCGAGGAAAGAUGAUAAGGAAACAAAUUCAAGAUCUCCAUAAAGCAGCAGCCAAAAUACAGACAACCUAUCGCACAUUCAUUGUACGGAAGCAAUUCCUAGCUCUCAGAACUGCGACUAUUGUGAUUCAGAGGCGAUACCGUGCAGAAAUUUUGUGUGAAAUCCAGCAGACAGAGUACAAACGCCUGAGGAAUACAGCCGUUGUGUUGCAGUCAGUUUACCGUGGUGUGAAAGUAAGAAGAGAAAUCAGUCGGAUGCACAAAUCUGCUGUUAUAAUUCAAGCAUGGUUCAGGAUGCAGAGUAUGAGAAUAAAAUAUAAGACGAUGAAGCUCUCAGCUGGUAUUAUUCAGCAAAGGUGCAGAGUGUGGCUAGAGAGCAGGCGGGUACGCAGCCGUUACCUGGAAAUAAAGAGAGCUGCCUGUAGAUUGCAGGCUGUGUGGAGAGGCAGGAAGACGCGGGAAAGCAUAAGGAGGCUACAUAAAGCUGCAACCAUAAUACAGUCCCAUUAUCAAAUGCUCAAGCAAAAGCGCAGCUAUAAUGCCCUAAGGGAAGCAACCAAGAAGAUGCAACUUCGUUAUCGAGCGUCUAAGGAAAGAAAUAAACACGUAUAUCAGUAUGUUAGCCUGAGGAAUGCUGCUCUGUGUAUUCAGGCUGCUUUCCGUGGGAUGAAAGUUAGACAAGAGCUUCAAGCCAAACAUAAGGCAGCCACUUUUAUUCAGCGGAAAUUUAAGACCAUUUUAGCCAGGCGCUCUUUUGUUACACUCAAGAAGGCUGUUGUGUCAAUUCAAAGAAGGUUUAGGAUGCUGAGGAAUGCAAAGCGCCAGAGACAAGAGUGCAUAAAACUUCGGGAAGCUGCCGUUGCUGUUCAGGCUGCUUACAGAGGCCUGAGAGCAAGGGAGCAUGGUUUAAACGUUAUGCAUGCGUCCGCUGCAGUCAUUCAGGCAGCAUACAGAAAACACAAAGCAGUGGUGGCCUAUCAAGCUAUGAGACAUGCCUCCAUUCUCUUACAGCGACAAUACAGAGCUUAUAAAAUGGCUAAGUAUGAGAGAAACAUAUAUUUAAAGAAACGGCACGCAGCAGUCGUUAUCCAGUCCGCUUACCGUAAGCUGAGGUGCAGACAGAAGCUGCACAAAAUGAACCAGGCUGCUUACAAAAUCCAUGCUACUUUUAAGAUGCACCUUUGCCGCUGCAGGUACCUUAAGGUUCGGUGGGCUGUGUUUGUGAUCCAGCACCGGUACAGAGCAAACAAACAGAGGGACUUUGAAGUGCUGCGCUAUUCUAUCAUGAAAAAUGCAGCUUGCUGCAUCCAAUCCUUUUAUCGAGGUUGGAUUGUGAGGAAAGAGCAGAAGCAAAUGACUGAAUCUGCUAUUGUGAUUCAAAAAAAUAUCCGAACAUACCAGGCACGAAGCUACUAUCUGUCACUGAGGUCAGCUAUAGUAGCCAUACAGAGGUGCUAUAGGGCCACUGUACUAAGACGUACACAAUAUCACCAGAAUCAGUUGCUUCUUAGAGCCACUGUUUGCAUCCAAGCCUCAUACAGAGGGUUUAUUGUGAGGAAAGAGCUUGCGCAGAAGCACAGAAUGGCGACUAAAAUCCAGUCUACAUUUAGAAUGUACAGAGCACAUGUCAAAUAUAAAGCAAUGCAGUUGGCUGCUAGAAGGAUUCAAGCUUGGUAUAGGCAGACUUCUCAGUGUAGGCGGAUACGAGCAGCGUAUCUGAAACUGUGUGACUCUACAGUAGCCAUUCAGGCAGCGUAUAGAGGAAUAAGCGCUCGCAAGAAAGUAACAUCUUUGCACGUUGCAGCAACUGCGAUCCAGUCCUAUUACAGGAUGUACAGACAACAGAAAUGUUACAGGCGCCUGUUACAAGCUACUUGUACCAUACAGCAGCGAUACAGAGCAAAGAAGUCUGGAGAUGUCGAUCGGUUCCACUACCAGAAGAUCAGGAAAGAAACUGUAUUGUUGCAGGCUGCUGCUCGAGGAAUGAGAACAAGAAAGGAGCUUAGGAAAAUGCACCAAAGUGCUGUGAUAAUACAAAGACAUUUUAAAACUGUUAUUGAAAGAAAACAAUUUUUAAAACUCAGGUUGGCAACAGUUUGUGUACAGAGAAAAUACCGGGCUUCAGUUGUAAGCAGAUCCCAACGGUCGAGUUUCUUAUCUUUACGUAAAGCUGCUAUCUGCAUUCAGGCUACUUACCGAGGGUUUAAAGAGAGGGAGAAACUUAGAGAGAGACACAGAGCAGCAACAAAAAUCCAGGCCAUGUACAGGAUGCACAAGCUGCGUACCUCAUAUAAAGUCCUGACACAAGCUGCUACACACAUACAGUGUUGGUAUAGGGGAUACAGAAUAGCAAGGCGUGAAAGAGAGAACUACCUGGUGCUUCAGAAGGCAGCAAUCCUCAUACAGGCCUCGUAUAGAGGCACAAAAACGCGUAAGAACUUGCAAGCUAUGCACAGUGCAGCAAACGUCAUCAAGUCUACUUAUAAGAUGUACAAACAAAGGAAAUACUACAAGGACUUGCACAUGGCUGUGAGAAUUGCACAGCAAAGGUUUAGAGCAAACCGCACAAGAGACCGAAUCCACCAACAAUACGCGGUUAUCAGGAAAGCUGCGCUGUGCAUCCAGUCUGCAUUCCGUGCCAUGAACGCAAGGCGAGAAGCCAAAAGAAACGCAGCAGCUGUAGUGAUUCAGACUGCGUGGCUGAUGCAUACAGACAGGAAAAUGUUUGUAAAAAUGAAGUCUGCAGCUGUAAUUGUUCAGGCAGCUUUUAGAGGGCACAGAAUUAGGAAACAAUGCAAACAAAUGCACGAAAGUGCACGUCUUAUACAGAAAUGGUACAGACACUGCCAUACUGCUGCUGAACAGAGAGCCCAAUACCUUUCCAUGAGAAGAGCUGCUGUUACACUUCAGUCGGCUUACAGGGGGAUGAUGGCACGGAAACUAGCACAGAGAGCACGAGCCGCUAGAAAGCUGCAGUCUCUUAUCCGUAUGGCUGCAUGCCGAAAUAAGUUUCUACAACUCCGAGCAGCCACCAUCAAGUUGCAAUCAUACUAUCGCAUGUGCAGGGCACGGAGGUUGUUUAAUAUGCAGAAGGAGGCUGCUGUGAUCCUGCAGAGACUCUAUAGAGCUCAUGUUGCCAUGAAACACCUGAGAGCAACCUAUUUGCAAAUACAGAGAAGAAUAGUCUGCAUACAAGCUGCAGUCCGUGGGCACCAGGAGCGUAGGCGGCUUCAAAAAAUGCAGAGCAGCGCAAUAAGAAUGCAGGCUGUAUGGCGCGGUUUCAUUCAGAGAAGAGCGUUCUUGCGGUACAGAGCUUCUGCAUUAAUUAUACAACAGCGAUACCGAGCUUGGUGUCUCCAGAAAUUACAGCGUUGGGAAUAUUUGAAGCAGAUAAAAGCUGCAGUUGUGCUACAGGCUGUAUACAGGGGGUUCCAGGCCAGGAAGAUUGUGCGCAGGGAGCGGGCAGCUCAUAUCAUUCAGAGCUGGUAUCGCUGUUACAAGGCGCGUAAAAACUAUAGUGCGCUCCUCCAAGCCGUGCAAACUGUGCAACGUCACAUCCGAGCAAAACAGGAGAGGGCCAGGUUCCUGGAAGUGCGAAUGGCCGCUGUGCGCAUUCAGAGGAGGUGGAGAGAGGUGCGAUCGACUCGUUUCUACCGCCUAAUGUUCCUACAAAAAAGAACUGCAGCCCUGAAGAUCCAGUCUGUGUUUAGAGGCUGUGUUGCCAGGCGGAAAAUAUUCAGGAUGCACAGAGCAGCAACUGUCAUACAGGCCACGUACAGACGUUUCUGGUACCGGCGCCACUUCCUCAGAUUGAAAGGCGCCACUGUGGUGUUGCAGAAGCGCUUCCGAGGGAUACUGGAGGGAAGGCGCCAGCGAUUCCAUUUUUUGCACAAGAGGAGCGCAGUAAUUUGGCUUCAGGCAUGUGCACGAGGCUGGCUGGUGAGGAACAAGAUUGUGCGGCUGAAACGUGAGCAAUUCCUCCUGAGGUUUGUUACUGUUCUGCGUUAUCACCUCAGCGCGAUUAUCAUUCAGAGAAGAUUCCGGAUUCAUCUGACUCUGAGACGAGCACAACAGCAAAUACACAAUGUGAUCUGCAUUCAGAGGUGGAUACGCACCAAACUGCAACGCAGAAAGUUCCUUGCUGAUCGUCAGCGGAUAGUCGGACUUCAGCGCACAGUUCGGCUUCGGUUACAUCACAGGAAUGACGCAGCCCGUAAAAUCCAGAGAUUUAUGCGAGACUUAUUUCUCCGCAGACGACAAGCCAGAGUGAUGCAAGGAAUUGUAAAAAUCCAGGCUCUGUGGCGCGGCUACACCUGGAGAAAGACUCAUGAUACAAAGGUAUUACAAGGUUUAAGACUUCGUCUCCAUAAAGCAAACAGAGAAGCAAAAGAGCAAGAUAAACUUUACUACCGCAUGUCGCUGGCCCUCGAAUAUCUUCUAUCUUUUAAAGAUUUAUCCUAUAUACUGGAAGCUUUGCGACAUCUCGAAGUUGCCACCAGAUUGUCCUCUGUGUGCUGUGAGAACAUGGCGCAGAGCCGGGCGGUGAAAGUCAUAUUCACCCUGAUCCGCAGCUGUAACCGUAGCAUUCCAUGCAUGGAAGUCAUCAAACUGUCUGUACAGGUUCUGCUAAACCUCUCAAAGUAUGAAAAGACUAUGCAGGCUGUGUAUGAGGCAGAGAAUUCUGUGGAUGUACUGCUCAAUCUGAUGCAGAUUUACCGCGAGAAGGCCGGGGACAAGGUGUCUGACAAGGGGGGCAGCAUCUUCACCAAAACCUGCUGCCUGAUGGCGAUACUGGCCAAGGACACCCAGAGAGCUCGGGAUAUUCGUUCAAUCCCUAAAUGUCUGGACAGAAUCUUUAGCAUUUACAGACUUACUUCUCGUAAGCAUAAGCUGGAUGCAGAGCGUAUUCUGUACCAGCAAAGGAUUAAUGCUCCAACUGGGGUGAGCAGCGUCCUCCGAAGUACUCCAAUACGAACUAAAGUCGUGUCCCGGAUAAAGCCGGACUGGGUUUUAAAUAAAGACAACAUGAGAGAGAUUGUUGACCCCCUAAUCUCUAUACGUAUGGUGAUGGAGACCCUUGGCGCAGUAGCCUCAAAUUUCACAUAAAUUGUAGAUACAAUAACUGGAUUUUUUAAUGUAUAGCAUAGUGCUGUUUUCUAUUGUUUUGCUACAGAUAUAUUUUUACACUAUAUAAAUGAAACAUUAUACAUUUGUAUCAUAAAUAUCUUAUGUUCUUAUACGCACCCUGUAUAAAAUAAGUCUGCCUUGUGUAGUGUAAAUAGCUUUGUACAGAUUUUCUACAGAUAUUGUAUAAUAAAGUACAGUGUGGCGGUUA